AUGCUUGUUUUGGAUUACAUCGACAGGUCAACUGUGGAGAAGAGGCUUCUUCGUAAAUUGGACCUUCGGGUAGCCUUCCUAGUUCUGGUUUACAUUAUGAACUAUCUUAACCGUCCACUUGGAAGUGCAGCGAGGCUGCGUGGUUACGAGGAAGACCUUGGCAUGGUUGGGAACCAAUUUAACACACUUACCAGCAUCCUUUAUGUGGGGUAUUUGUUGACGCAAGCUCCUUCCAACAUGCUCUUACACCGCAUGAAAAGGCCAUCACUAUACCUCUCGAGCUGCAUGGCAAUAUGGGGUGUUUUCACUAUGCUCAUGGGUACAUAUUAUGCUGCUCUUAUUUUACGCUUCUUUAUUGGAUUUGUGGAGGCGGCAUUCUUUCCCGGAGCUGUAUUUCUUCUUUCACAAUGGUACAAGAAAAAUGAACUAGGGUUGCGCACAGCACUCCUUGCUUGCGGCGCCUCGGUUAGUAAUGCUUUUGGUGCGCUUUUCGCAUCAGGAAUCUUGGGGUGCCUAGAUGGUGUACUAGGUUUUACGGCUUGGAGGUGGCUCUUUUUUGUGGAAGGCGCACUGACCGUCGUGGUCGCGGUGUCUGCGGGCUGGAUUUUACCCGAUUUUCCUUCAACGCCGAGCGUCUGGCUGCUGCCUGACGAACAGAUGCUGGCUAAGCAACGGAUGGAGGAGGAAGUCGCGGGCGGAAAUGAGCCUAAAAGUAAACCCAAAGAGGAUUUUUCUGGUCUUACUGAUGCUCUUAUGGAUUGGAGGGUAUGGUGGGUUGGCGCUGCCCUUAACCUGAUGGCUUCCUCGAUGUCGUUCGGUAUCUUUUUCCCGACGCUAUCUGCUACAAUGGGUUACGACGCUACUACGAGCCUCAUACUCUGUGCACCUCCGUGGAUUUUAGGAACCGCUACCUCAUUUGUUGUGGCCAGGCACUCCGAUGCAACUGGUGAUCGCUUCUGGCAUAUUGUUGGUGCUCAACUUGUAGGCAUCGCUGGAUUUAUCCUCGCAAUUUCUACAAUGAAUACGACUGCACGAUAUGUAUCACUAUUCCUGAUGACCCAGAGCCCAGUCUCCUAUGUUGUUGCUUUGACCUGGGCCAUGAAUACGUUUUCUCAAUCACAAUCGAAACGUGCUGCAGCUAUCGCACUCAUAAACUCCAUGGCAUCAGCUGGCGCGAUCGUUUCAUCGUACUUCUGGCCAUCCAGUUGGGGACCUUCAUACGUGAACUCAUACCUCAUUUGCAUCUCGGCAAGUAUCACGUCUAUUGCGAUGUUAUGGGUAUUUAGGUUGCAUCUUUCCCGGUGUAAUGAAGCUGCUGAAGCCGAGGAGCAAUCUCUUGGGCUGCCCAAGGGUCUGAGAUAUCUCCUCUAG